CCGAAACUGAACUGGUACUGUACUGGUGUUUGCAUCAGUUCCCCGACAGUGUCACUAUGUCCCACCCUAAUGCUGUGACAACAGCUCCCUGCGGGACUGACCAGUUUGCCAAUCUGCCGAUGAACAUGUGUGGCAUUCCACCAAAGAAAAGAAAAUGUGAUUUUCAAAUGACCGGAAACCAGCUUGUUACUCUCAUUAGUCCAACCGAAAUAGUUUUGAAAUUACCUCAGAAUACCUCAGCCAGCUUUCCCAUUUGGGGUUUGAUACAAGCAUCCCAAGCUGAGGGGGUUUGGAAUGUGACACCUUAUAAAAUAGACAUAAGGAUAGUUCCUUUAAAUGCCUUUAAACCUGAGGUUUCAGAGCCUAGCGACCAGGUGGCUGAGCACCAACAAAGAAGUGGUAGCUCGUUUUUCAUAGUACGUGAAUCAGUCCCUAAUUGGGGCUCCAUCUUUUAUGACCCGGUUCAAGAAUCGACCUUUGAUCAGCAGUACCAAAUAGGCAAGACACAAAUCUGCGACCAGUUCCUUUUAGGAUGUUGCUCCCUGGAUUUGCGAUGCCCUCUGCACCACACACCGUUUCCCUUCCACUGGCAGCUGAGACGGAGGGCUAGGUAUCAGUGGGUCAGUGUGUCCCAGUCAGCACAGAUUCACCUUGAGAAGCUUUACUGCAAUACUGACAGCGAUGAAGCAAUUCUGAACCUACUUGACAACGUCUUCACCCUGAAUUUUGACAGCAUGACAGUUUGUGAUUCUGACAAUUAUGAUGAAGUAAGAAGGUUCUCAAACACAACCAAAUCUGACUGUAAUCCACACUUUCCUACUGUGUGGAAGAUGUACUGGAGGAAUGAUUAUGACUUAUUCGUUGAAUAUGAUGAGUCUAUUUCAAGGCAGCUGGAAGAUGCAAUUCAGAACAGAGCCCUCAAGUACACAUUCACACAAACAGGUCGACAGUAUGAGGUGGACUUCUCCAACCUCAAUCAAAAGAACAUAGCGACAGGAUUCAUCCGUGAAAUAAGACGAAGACCUGUCUUCCGGUUCCUGCCGGCACUGCAGCCUCAUCUAAAGACUUUGAGCCCUAAUGUUUUUCCAGGACAUGGGGAAGCGCAGCCUCAGGUUUGUUUGGCUGACCCUCUAGAAGAAUUCACAUGUUGGUAUCCCCCUGUCUGGAGACCUGGGCCCACAGAGGAGGAGUUCACGAAGAUUGAAGUCAAACUCUAUGAAAAGGCCUACCUGAAAGUCUAUGAGCUGUUCCACAAAACCUUAUCCGAGGCAGAUGUAGAGAUUGUGAACAUCUACCAAAUCCAGAACACUUUUCAGUGGGAUAAAUAUAGAAGACAAAAAGAAUACAUGCUAGCCAAAUGUGGUGAAAAUAAGGAAUGCACCAUUGAGCGUCAUUUAUUCCAUGGAACUACAACAGAUGCCGUGGAUAGAAUCUGUAAGAACAACUUUGACCCCCGUGUUUCAGGAAAGAAUGGGAGUGUGUACGGCAGAGGAAGCUACUUCGCACAGAAUGCCAGCUACUCCAAUGACUUUGCAAAACCAACUAAGGAUGGAUUUCAGUAUAUGUUUUUGGCCAAAGUUUUGGUUGGAAAGAAGGAUACUGGAAAGUCUGGCUACAACCGACCACCGCCUCUUUUACCAGAGAAUCCAAAAAGUGAUUUAUACGACUCCUGCGUAAAUAACCCCACGGACCCAACAAUAUUUGUUAUUUUUGACAGCUGCCAGUGUUACCCUUACUACCUCAUCAAAUAUAGGGUUAUGUCUGAUGUUGUCAAUAUAUCUGAAUGGAAUAUGUAGCUAUAGGUCCCAUUCACAUGGGAGCGAUUGGAGCAAAUAUCCGCUCCCGGGAGCAGAUCAGAUCGAUUGGAGACCCGUGAAUGCUCAGACUGUCUCGGCUCGCUUAAAACGAUCCGAUUCGAGAUCGGAAAAACAGGUGGUCUCGGCUAAUCUGGGCAAUCGAUCCAGGUGCGGGUCCCAGUCCUUCAUUUGACAUGUUUUAUUAUUAUUAUUAUUAUUAUUAUUAUUAUUAUUAUUAUUAUUAUUAUUAUUAUUAUUAUUAUUAUUUAUUUCUUAGCAGACUUUAUUAUUAUUUUGAAUUAGGUUUUUAAGCAUACAGAUUUUAAAGCAGAGUCAGCAGAUUAUAAAAUGGAUACAUGUAUGCUGCUUGUUUAAGUCUGGUUUGGUACACAGUUAUGCAAAGUUACAAUUUUCAACUAUGGUAUUUUUGCAUAAUUGCUACAUUGUAUUGAUGCGUGUUGCAAUUAUACAAAAGCGUUGCAAAGAAGAAAAAUCACUUACAGUUCAGUUUGUCACCACAGGGUGUCGGUACACGCCCUUGAAACACUCGUUUCCUGUAUAUUUGAUUACCGGCGCAUGUUUUAGUUAUACAUCUGAAGAACGUUUUGUUAAAGAUGUGGUUGCAAGUAGUUUACAAACCUUGACAUUUCAAUGCGCAAGGGAAACUUAUGUCGCACAUUGAUAAUAUUUUGAAAUAAAACCUUAAACACAAAUGACAGACAUAACGAACCCCCGCAAACUUCAUUGUUAUUCGCCAUUAUCUACACAUAUAGAAAAAUACAGUGCAGCAUAAAAAUCAGUUGGGGAUUCGAUGUGAGCAGAGCUCGUUUGAAAUUCCUGUGAGAAUGCUAAACGAUCUCGGGCCAGCAGAAGGCAAACGAGCCACCAAACGAACUCGGCUCGUUUUCCCGGACUAUCCUGUUUGAAUGCUUCUCGCUCCCGUGUGAAUGCCGGGGUCAAAGUCGAUCAUACCUAGGUGACACAAAAUUAUCAGAAAGCAGAAUUUCAGAUUAUAUCUAAAUACAUUUCUA